CUGCCAUAUAGCGCUUUACUGUCGCCUUGUGGAAACAGGUGAAAACAUUCCGAGUAUGUAAUUGUGUCAUGGAACACAUUUCAAUCAAGUGAAUGCCUUUAUAACAUAAAAUAAAACAGUCCAUUAUUCCCCGAAUAUCAGAACUACAAAACUACACAGUCAAGUCAGCUUGCAGUGCGAGUCGACGGGGAGCCAAUGGCAUUCGUGCGCUGUGUUGCGUGUCAUAUCUGCCCAAUUGGAGCGUAGCACGAUGAUCUCAAGUUAGUAUGAUUCUGUCAGGGACAGCUGUUGAGAGAAACGUUCACGUAUAGCCAAAUGUUGUCAGUGUUUUCACCUGUUUAGAGACAUACUUUUUAUUUUUUAACUUGCCUAUGGCACAACACAAACGUGUUCAUUCGGAAGUCAGCUUUUAAAGGGAUGAAAAGGCUAAAGAAGAAGAAACAAAACACUGGAGUUGGAGUGAAUGGGAAUGGAUCUGUCACAAGAGAACCACAUUGUGGAAGAAAACAGAAGUUGGCUGAGAUUCAUCAGGCUUUGAUCAGUGAUCCAGUGGACAUUGAGACCUUGAGGAGAGCAGCAGCUAGUAAGGGAGGACUGCUCACUGAUGAACUGAGGAGGAAAGUCUGGCCCAAACUACUGAACAUCAAUGUGUAUAAUCUACCACAUAAACCUGGUCGAGAUGUGAGGGAGAACCACAAGGACUACAACCAAGUAGUCCUGGAUGUCAGGAGGUCCAUGAAGCGGUUCCCUAAAGGUAUGCCAGCCACAGAGAAAGCCAUUCUUCAGGAGCAGCUGAUUGACAUCAUACUGGAAGUUUUGAAAUGCACCCCUCAGCUCCAUUACUACCAAGGCUACCAUGAUGUGGCCGUCACUCUGCUGCUGGUAGUUGGGGAGCGGAUGGCCAUCGCCAUGCUGGACACUCUGUCCAAUUACCAUCUCAGGGAUUUCAUGGAUCCUACCAUGGACAGCACUAAACACAUUUUAAACUAUCUGAUGCCUAUAUUGGAACAGGUUGAUGCAGAACUACAUGAGUUCAUGAUCAGAGCGGAGGUGGGAACCAUCUUCGCACUAUCCUGGCUCAUUACAUGGUACGGCCACGUGCUGUCAGACUUCAAACACACCAUGAGACUCUACGACUUCUUCUUGGCCUCACACCCACUGAUGCCCAUUUACCUGGCCGCUACGGUAAGAGGGGAUUUGAUUGUGUUGCACAGAGAGAAGGAGGUAAAGACAACAGAGUGUGACAUGGCCAUGGUCCACCACCUCCUCUCCCGCAUCCCCCAGGACCUCCCGUAUGAACUCCUGAUUGGCCAGGCCCAGGACCUGUUUGACCAGUACCCUCCAUCUCUACUGGCCAAGCGGGCAGCACUGCAGUCUCGCAAGAGUCUGUCCAUCAACACCUUCCAGGCGUUUCAACUCUCCACCCUCCACCAGAGGCCCGACUCAGUUCUCCAACGCCUCACCAAGGCCCAGGGCUCCACCACCUCCAGACACGCCUCUCGACGCUCAGGACUGGAAGCAGCUUUGCCCCGAGACCGCGGCCAGCUGUGGGGGAAGGGGAACGCGGUUGUGAAGAUGGCAGUGUGGGGGCUGUCCGCUACGCUCGGGGCGGCAGUGUUUGCUGUGGCUCAGACAGCUAUGGACUGGGGACCUGAGGUGUUACUCCAACUGUUCUGACGUGGCGGUGGGGAUUUAGACACACACACAUGGCGACUGCAGACACAUAUCUGCUCUUCAGAUAGAUAACAAU